AGGGCAAGAAGAGGGCCACCGGUGACGUCAUUCAGGAAAGCCGCCCUGAUUGGAGGGAAGGAGGCGGAGUCUAGUUUCCCUGGUGACGGAUUGUCCGGUGGUCGCCUGGUAACCGGUCGUGGCUGUACUGGCGGCGGCAGGGCUGGCGGCUUAGGCCGCAGAGGUCUGUGGGCCUGAGCCCACGCUGGACUCUGUCCGUCCUGCGAUGACUGCUGCCCUGGCCGUCGUCACGACGUCGGGUUUGGAAGAUGGGGUGCCUAGGUCCCGUGGCGAAGGGACCGGGGAAGUGGUCUUGGAGCGGGGGCCCGGCGCGGCCUACCACAUGUUCGUGGUGAUGGAGGACUUGGUGGAGAAGCUGAAGCUGCUCCGCUACGAGGAGGAGUUCCUCCGGAAGAGCAACCUGAAGGCCCCGUCCAGACACUAUUUUGCACUGCCUACCAACCCUGGCGAACAGUUCUACAUGUUUUGUACUCUUGCUGCUUGGUUGAUUAAUAAAGCGGGACGUCCCUUUGAGCAGCCUCAAGAAUAUGAUGACCCUAAUGCAACAAUAUCUAACAUACUAUCUGAGCUUCGGUCAUUUGGAAGAACUGCAGAUUUUCCUCCUUCAAAAUUAAAGUCAGGUUAUGGAGAACAUGUAUGCUAUGUUCUUGAUUGCUUCGCUGAAGAAGCAUUGAAAUAUAUUGGUUUCACCUGGAAAAGGCCAAUAUACCCAGUAGAAGAAUUAGAAGAAGAAAGUGUUGCAGAAGAUGAUGCAGAAUUAACAUUAAAUAAAGUGGAUGAAGAAUUUGUGGAAGAAGAGACAGAUAAUGAAGAAAACUUUAUUGAUCUCAACGUUUUAAAGGCCCAGACAUAUCACUUGGAUAUGAACGAGACUGCCAAACAAGAAGAUAUUUUGGAAUCCACAACAGAUGCUGCAGAAUGGAGCCUAGAAGUGGAACGUGUACUACCGCAACUGAAAGUCACGAUUAGGACUGACAAUAAGGAUUGGAGAAUCCAUGUUGACCAAAUGCACCAGCACAAAAGUGGAAUUGAAUCUGCUCUAAAGGAGGCCAAGGGAUUUUUGGACAAACUCCAUAAUGAAAUUACUAGGACUUUGGAAAAGAUCGGCAGCCGAGAAAAGUACAUCAACAAUCAGCUUGAGAAUUUGGUUCAAGAAUAUCGUGCAGCUCAAGCCCAGCUGAGUGAGGCAAAGGAGCGAUACCAGCAGGGAAAUGGAGGAGUGACGGAAAGAACCAGACUCCUCUCUGAGGUUAUGGAAGAAUUAGAAAAGGUAAAACAAGAAAUGGAAGAAAAGGGCAGCAGCAUGACUGAUGGUGCUCCUUUGGUGAAGAUUAAACAGAGCUUAACAAAACUGAAGCAAGAAACUGUAGAGAUGGACAUUAGAAUUGGCAUUGUGGAACACACACUACUCCAAUCAAAGCUGAAGGAGAAGUCCAACAUGACUAGGAACAUGCAUGCCACAGUUAUUCCAGAACCAGCAACAGGCUUUUAUUAAAACAUACUGGUUUUCAUGUUUCUGAUUAGUUGGGUUUUUUAUAUCAAACUAUAUUUCAUGUUGCAUAGAUUUCAAAACAUAAUUUUAUGUUCAAUGGGUAUUUUUUUACAUAUACAUACUCACAUAUUAUAUCAUGGUGAUUAUGAUGGUUAAAGCCUUUACACUGAAUGUAAUGUUUAAUAAAGUAAUUACAAAUUCUCACUUUCUAAGAAGCUUUCACUAAUCAUUACCUAUGUUAAAGCUCCCACCUGGUGGCUCAUUUUUCUUAGCAUUCCUUGUGUAAGCCAAGGUAUAUGACCUGCGUUUUCUGCAGAUGCUGCUGCUGUCACAACAUGAACUGCUGACACAGUCCUUUACAUUGCUCCACCUCUGCAGUGAUCAUAAGUGCUUUGUGCCCAGAGGCCACUAAAGUUGGUAGGCAGGAUUCUUUCCAAGAACCCAAACUGCCUUUGCCUCAGCUUUAUGGUUACCUAAAAUUGCCACUUUUUUUAGGUUAAAAAAAACUUCAGUAUCAUUAACAUUUGAAGUUGGUUUCUUAUGAAUAUUUCGUGGCUAAAAUGAUUUUAUAGGGAAUCUAUCUUCUAGGAUCUAAGGCCACUAAAUAAAAGGAUAAAUGAAUGAUGAUAAGUCAAUCACUCAUGUUUGACUCUGGUCUUAGAAUGAAGAGAAGGUGCAUAUGCAUGUCUCAAUUUCUACCUUUUUCUGUGGUAUCAGCUAUACUAGGGAACCAUUUUGUGGAAGAAGGAACGAUGACAGGUCGCAUGAAGAUCAGCCUCUAGUACUGAUGAUCUUUACUUAUGCAUCUUCCUAAGCAACUUUCUAGGCUAGGAUUUCUAAAUUGGUGAAAAAAGCAGCAUUAGAGUGCCAGAAUUAGCACUGGGGAAAACUGGCCAGGGGAACACAAAGCAGGAGACAGCCUGCGUUAAUUUUUUUUUUUAAAUAAUUUUCAAAAGCAGUGGUAGAAAAUUUGAUAAGAAUGCUUUAUGUUUAGGACAACAAAAAUAAUUUUAAAAAGUUAUUUUUUACCCUAAUACUUUUCUCCACUGAAUAUUAUUAUUUUUUUCUUAGCUUUUCCUUUCUAGACAUAUCCCCCAACAUGCUCACGUACACAGAUCUUUCCCUUUCCUUACUAAACCUCUCUUUAGUUUAAGAUAAGUUUAGAUAGGAGAAAGUUAGUGUAUGUAAACUACCUGAAAGGAUGACAAUCAAUACAAUGACAAAUAUGCCAGUUUAUUUAAUUUGUUUUAAAAAAAAGGCAGAAAACCCACCAUGGGAAAAUAAGCAUUUUUUAAAAUCUGAAGUUGCUCUUUUCCUGUGUGGUCUUUGGGACGAGUCUAGUACAAAAACUGAAAACCUUUGGUCCUGGGAAUUUAUUUUCGUGGCUGUUGUCAUGGCUAAGUAGUUUUUUGAUGAAUUCAAUCAAUGCAGAGAACACUUUUAGAUAAAUCAGAACUCUCCUUAAAAUGCAUUUCAAUCAGAAGCAAAGUACACCCAUUAUUUAUGCAGACAUGUAAAAAAUCUAAAAAUUCUUGCAAUGAGUAGUAUAAGCCACCUAUUUUUACUUCCUUCUCUGAAAUAUUCCAGUUAACUCAGAUUGGGUUCUGUGCUCCUCCUCUCUUCCUAUAGAACACUGUGCAUACCUUGAAUAAAGAGCUUAUUAUACUGUA